CGUAACGUACUACGUCAUUUAUACAGCGGCGUCAACAUUUUACGUAUUGUUCCGGGCAAACAACCUAGUCCAAAGCAGUCAAACAUGGGACACACCAGUUUGGAUAAGAUCAAAGCACUACAGAAGAAUCCAGCCAACGUCAGGAACCUGUGCAUUCUGGCACACGUGGACCAUGGCAAAACAACUCUGGCAGAUAGCUUGGUGGCCAGCAAUGGCAUUAUAUCAAGUCGCUUAGCCGGAAAGCUGAGGUACCUGGACAGCCGGGAGGAUGAGCAGAUCCGAGGGAUCACGAUGAAGUCCAGCGCCAUCUCACUGCACUAUGCUUCUGGGGAGAAGGACUACCUGAUAAACUUGAUUGACUCUCCGGGCCAUGUGGACUUCUCGUCUGAGGUGUCCACCGCCGUCAGACUAUGUGAUGGGGCCAUUGUCAUCGUAGAUGCUGUGGAGGGAGUUUGUCCACAGACCCAAGCAGUGCUGCGUCAGGCAUGGCUGGAGAACAUCAGGCCUGUGCUGGUGAUCAACAAGAUUGACCGGCUCAUCAUGGAGCUGAAGCUCACCUCUCAGGAAGCCUACACACACCUGCAGAAGAUUCUAGAACAGGUGAACGCAGUGACAGGCUCUCUGUUUACCUCCAAAGUGCUGGAGGACCGCGCGGUGAAAGAGGAGCGGGCGGAGGAAGAUAAGGAGGAGGGGGACAUCGAGCCUGCUGAGUGUCCCGGGUCAGAGCAGGUGUACGACUGGAGCGCCGGGCUAGAGGAUUCGGAUGACUCCCUGCUCUACUUCUCUCCAGACCAGGGGAAUGUGGUCUUCGCCAGUGCCAUAGACGGAUGGGGCUUCAGUAUCCAGCAGUUUGCCCAGAUCCACAGCCAGAGGAUGGGCAUCAGGGCUGAGGUGUUCCUGAAGACUCUCUGGGGAGACUUCUACCUCAACUCUAAAGCCAAGAAGAUCAUGAAGGGAGCUCACGCCAAAGGAAAGAAGCCUCUGUUUGUUCAGCUUGUCCUGGACAACAUAUGGAGUUUAUAUGACGCUGUUGUUACCAGACGAGACAAGGAGAAGAUAGAGAAGAUGAUGAUGUCACUAGGUGUUAAGGUGAUGACCAGAGACUCGCGUCACUCCGACCCCAAAGUCCUCCUCUCUGCCAUCUGCAGCCAGUGGCUCCCCGUCUCACAGGCUGUGCUGUUCAUGGUGUGUGAUAAGCUGCCCAGUCCGUUGGACAUGACCUCUGAGAGAAUAGAGAGACUGAUGAGUGUGGGAGCACGCAGGUUCCACUCACUACCCCUGCAGACCCAGGAACUGAAGACCGCCUUCAUGCAGUGUUCCAGUGAUGACACAGCCCCUGUCAUUGUGUUUGUGUCCAAGAUGUUUAUGGUGGACGCCAAGGCCCUGCCUCAGAACAAACAGAGGCCGUUGACCCAGGAGGAGAUGGCCCAGCGCAGGGAGCUGGCCAGACAGAGACACACUGAGAGGCUGGCAGCCAUUCAGCAGACGGAAAGUAGGGAGGGAAAUGCCCAAUCAGGAAGUACAACACCGGCAACCACUCCUGGUGGAGACAACACCAUAGGCAAUGAGGGUGUCUCAGGCCAGAUACAGGGCCUGCCUCUGAAGGCUAAACCAGAGGAGGAGGAGGGGAAGGAGACGUUCGUAGCCUUCGCCAGAGUCUACAGCGGGGUGGUCCGCAGAGGACAGAAGGUGUUUGUGAUGGGGCCCAAGUACGACCCUGCACAAGGCCUGCGCAUGCUCCCAGAGGGCAGUACUAGUGUGAGUGCCCGUCUCCCUCCCGUCCCUCACCUGGCCUGCUGCACCAUGGACAGCCUCUACCUGCUGAUGGGCAGAGAGCUGGAGGAACUAGAAGAGGUGCCAUCAGGGAACGUACUGGGUAUUGGCGGUCUCGAGGAGUAUGUGUUGAAGUCUGCGACCCUCUCCACCUCCCCUGCCCUCCCCCCUUUCAUCCCCCUCAACUUCGAAGCUACGCCCAUCGUACGAGUGGCCAUCGAACCCAAACACCCAAGUGAGAUGCCUAAGCUGGUACGGGGUAUGAGGCUGUUGAACCAGGCUGACCCGUGUGCUGAGGUUCUGAUCCAGGAGACAGGAGAACACGUACUGGUCACGGCCGGAGAGGUCCACCUGCAACGCUGUCUGGACGACCUCCGAGAGAGGUUUGCCAAGAUUGAGAUCAGUGCCUCCAAGCCUAUCAUCCCAUUCAGAGAGACCGUGAUCAGACCACCCAAAGUGGACAUGGUCAAUGAAGAUCUGGGAAACAACAGAAGGUGUGUGGCGGUGAUCCACCAGGUGAAAGAGUCAGACACCCUGCACCUGGACCCCAGCGGCCUGGUGACCCUCACCACCCCCAACAGACAGGCCACCGUGGGGGUACAGGCCAUACCACUACCCGAAGAGGUGACUCUUCUACUGGAGGGUAGUGCUGACUUGAUCCGGACCCUGGAGCAGGCAGGUCAGGCCCAGAGGGAGGGGAGGACCCUGGACAUGAGUACCUGGACCCUAGAUGCCCUGAUGGUGCUGAAGAGCAGGCUGGAGGUCCUGCUGCAGGGGAGGAAGUGGAGGAACGCUGUGGACCGGAUAUGGGCCUUUGGACCACGCAGGUAUGGACCAAACAUCCUCCUUAACAGCGUAGAGGGGUACCAGAGACCAUCCGUGUGGCACUGCCUCGAACGAGAGAAAGGAGAGAAAGAGGGAGGGGCGAAAGCUGAGGCCAGCGCCAUCCGAGACUUUGACAACAGCGUUGUCAGCGGUUUCCAGCUCGCCACCCUCUCUGGUCCAAUGUGCGAGGAGCCCCUCAUGGGCGUCUGCUUCUCUGUGGAGAGAUGGGACAUGAACUUCCCUACCCAGCGCACCCACCUGGACUCUGUGACUGAAGAAGACUCCAACUCCCUUGAUGCAUCUGUUUCCGAAAGCCCCGGUGAGGCAGGGGGAGCGGGUGAGACGCCUUCCCAGGCAGAGGGUGCCGUGGCUGGGGCGAGCCAGGGGAGACGCAGGGCGGAGGUUGUGGCCGGGCUAGUGGACUGCUACGGGCCGUUCUCUGGCCAGCUCAUAGCUGCUGUGAAGGAGGCUUGUCGGCACGCGUUCCAGGCCAAACCUCAGAGACUCAUGGCUGCUAUGUACACCUGUGAAAUCAUGGCUACAGCAGAGGUGUUAGGUCGUGUGUACGGGGUCCUGGGGAAGAGGGAGGGCCGAGUGUUACAGGAGGAGAUGAAGGAGGGGACGGAGAUGUUCAUCAUCAAGGCCGUCCUUCCUGUGGCCGAGAGCUUCGGAUUCGCUGAUGAGAUACGCAAGAGAACCAGUGGAUUGGCUAGUCCACAACUGGUCUUCAGCCACUGGGAGGUGAGGCGCGCUCACACAUACACCCUGUCGUGUGCAUCCUUGUGCAGACACACACACAGCAGGCAUACAACUCACACACAGCAGGCAUACAACACACACACACGCGCACACACACACACACACAGACAAAAACACAUGCAAGGCUCACUCCGUGGGGGGGUUGUGAGCGGCAACUCAUCAGUCUGAAAACAGGUGCUUGUA